UUCAGACACAGCACGGAAGCCAGGCAGACACACAUGGUACUAUGAUCGUGGAUGCUAAUAGAUAGGAUUUAAUGCAGAUUUAUGGCACGUUUAUUUUAAGUUUGAGGCUUCUGAUAAUAAUUGAUAACUAUGUGGUAGCGUCGGGGGCCGAACAAAUGCAAUUUUUUGGAUUCGUACACAACAAAUAAGACAAGGAGAGCUGUUGCUGUUAGCUUGUUUUGCUAACUAUGACACCAUUGACAAUGCAUCGCCAGUAAACGGUAUCAAUCAUGGAGACAGCUGCUCUGUUAGCUCCAUUCACAGCUUUGGAGUUCCUUCAGGAUGCUUUCCUACUGACCGGUGAGGGUCCAGUCUUGUCGGGGUUCAAUCUCCACCCUCGCCCCAAAGCCUGUGCCUCACUGAGUGUGCUCCAGCACUACAGAAUCCAUGGGAUACGGCCUAGAAGACCGGAGGCAGUCACACCUCAAAGAUCUGCCGCUACAAAUGGGAAGAAGGGAGAUGAACUAAGCUCAAGAUCGGAGCCCAAGUUCUGUGACCUGGCAGUGUUUGGUGGCAAGGCUGUGAGGCUGGUGAGGUUCCAUGUGGAUCCCCAGGACGGGAAGCAGCCGCACUUUGAGAUUCUGGGCCCCCUCAUGGAGCUACAGGACUGGGCCCUGGAUGUCCAUUGGCUCGCUGGAGACAAACGCUCGCUCCUCUGCGUGGCUACAGCUCACAAUAGUGCACUUCUCCUGGACAGCAUUACGGGAAGCGUCCUGUUUCAGCGCUCCUGUCUGGAGGGAUGUCUGCUGUACUCUGCCCUCCUUCUGGUGCACGAAUCCUGGUCAGAUGCUGUUUUAGUAGGUGGGACUGUUUUCAACCAACUGGUUCUCUGGAAGCCAGCGGGAGGUGGAACUGAACGUGUGGAUCCCGAGCUUAAAGCUCCAGUUGAGAGACGCCUGCUGGGCCACAGUGGGGUCAUCUUCAGCAUCGCUUACCUCCAGGAGAAGGGAUGGCUGGCAUCAGCCUCCGAUGACCGCAGUGUAAGGGUUUGGGGUGUUGGUGCUUUAGGGGGCCCUCAGGGGAACUGUGGAGACUUCAAACCGGCCUGUUUAAGAGUCCUAUACGGACACCAGGCGAGGGUUUUCUCAGUGCGGCUCUCCCCGGGGAAGGUGUUCAGUGCUGGUGAGGACGGGGCCUGUUUAGUCUGGGACUGGGCUGGAGGGGGAAAAGUGGUUUGCACGUUAAAAGGACACCGGGCAGGGGGGGUUCGCGCACUCGCAGUGAGUGAGGGAACGGGAGAUGGAGAGAGGUGGGUGGCUACGGGGGGGGCGGAUGGAGGGCUGAGGCUAUGGAGGAUGAAACCAAACGAGCAUGGGAAGGAAAAAUUGGAGGACGCAGCAACAGAGAAGCUAACGGACCUGAAGUUUACCGGCCACGGCUCGCCUAAAGUGGUUUGUAUGGUAGGGGAGGAGGAUAAACAUGCAAGUUGGAGUCAGAGUAAGUUGGUAGUCUGCACUGAUCAGGGAACAGUUUACCAAUACAGCGAUGGGCAGUGGGAGAUGUUAUGGAAAGGGACUCCUGAGUUUCAAUCUUAUUGUUUGAUGGAAACCACAACGGUCAGUUUAAAAGAUUCUACGGCAAAAAUGAGUUUGUGCGCGGUGGGGAACCUCAGUGGAUCCAUACAAGUGUUCCCCAUCGCUCAUCCUCAGUGUGGGGUUCUCCUCACAGGUGGAACAGGGAAGAUCCACAGUCUCAUUUGGCAAGAGACCAAAGACGGCAUUUAUUUGCUAGCAUCAGGCUCUGAAGGACUUGUCUUUCGCUGGUUGAUAGAGGUGCAAUCGGAGGAAAAUCCUCCCUCGUCUCUCAGUGUGAAGCCCCUCCCUUCUUUCCUUCUUCCCCGCGGCGCCAAACGCUGGCUGACAGCUGCGGUGCGCCUCCACUCCAACACACAGGGGGGGCUGUGGGUGUGUGGGGACAGGAGAGGCUCCCUGCUUUUGUUUCAGGACGGAGGAACACGAGAGCAAAAGACGGUGGAUGACAGAAGGCUGGACGACUGCCUGCCGACAGGAAGGAAACAAACGCACGGGGAAGAGGUUGAGCAAAGGGCUCCAGGUGGGGACAGAAAAAGCGAAAGGAAAGAAGGGGCUGACUCACUGCUGCAGCCGCUGAGCUGCCUGUUCGGGGUGCAUGGAAAACUGGGCGUUACUUCGGUGAGUGAACACCAGGGACUGCUCUACAGCACGGGCAGGGACGGCUGUGUGAGGGUCUUCAGAGUGCUUCUAGUAGCGCCACAAAAGCUUGAAGGAAAGAGCAAUGGAAAGAGUGUGGAGAACAAAGGGGGGCUUCAGCUGGAGGUUCUCAGAGUCCAGCGAGCCUGCAAGGGUAUGGAGUGGCUGGAGAGGGUUUUGAUCCUCGUAUCUGACAUUCCAGCCGAGGAGAAGGAUGAGGGACAUCUGGGAAAGGAGUUUGAGAACCACUACAAGACAAAGAAUUUGUCAGGAAAUCUGGAGGUUACAGAGGCGAGCGAAGAGAAAGAGAACUUUAGAGGGGAAGAAGAAAAUACAGAGGACAACGGAAGAGAAGCCAGGUUUGCCAUUAUCGGCUUCCAUGCGGUCCACUUUGUGGUUUGGGACCCCGUGAGGCAGGAGAGGCUGUUAGCCGUACCUUGUGGCGGGGGGCAUCGCUCUUGGCGCCUCUGGCCGUCCCACAAAGGAGUCUGGCCCGGCCACGGAGCGCUGGUCUUCAUCAAGCAGGGGGCCGUGAUGGCGUCGCGACCGCCUGGAGCGGCAUCGAGCCGGGCCGGGGAGGCAGGGCGGUAUGAAGGAUGGGGCCUGAGAGAGGGCGUCCACGGGAGGGGGAUCGGCUGCGUGUGCCGGCUGGGGGCGAUCACGGGACUCGGUGACGCAAAGGAGGCGCAGAGAGGGGAAGAGCGCUGGGAGAUAGUGGCGACGGGAGGAGAGGACACAAGCCUAACCGUCCUGGCGCUGCGUCCCUCCUGCGGCCGCGUCAAAGUCCUCUCGGUCAUCACGGACCACAUCUCCAGCGUUCGGACGGUGACGGCCGUCACGCGUCCCGAGGGGGGGGGGGAGGACCAGGCGCUCUCCGCCCUGCUGGUGUCGGCCGGCGGGAGGGCUCAGAUGCAGUGUUACCGGCUCGUGGUCGGCUGGGACAGGCGGAGACUGGUUCCCUCCUGCCAGGUGAUCCAGGUGGCCAGUCACCGAUUGGACGAACAGUGGGAGAGGAGGCGGAACUGCCACAAGACGGUGAAAAUGGACCCAGAAACCAGGUACAUGUCUGUCGUGGCGGUGGAUGAGAACUCAGACGGUUGUCUUCUGGCAGUGGCCUGCAGCGAUGGAGCGGUCAGGUUGUUCUCAGUCAGUGAAGUCAAACAUCAAGUUGAUUUGCUGUGGGAGACGUUUUACCACCAGCGCUGCGUUCUCAGCGUCGCCGCCUGCAGCCUGCAGGAUAGAAAAUGCAACAAGUAUAAGCUGCUGUUCAGUGCUGCAACAGAUGGCAAAAUUGCCGUGUGGGAUUUGACUGAUGCGUCUUCCUUAUGGACCGGCGCUUCGAGCCGCGGCCCAGCUGCACCAAUCCCCUGCUUCAGUAUUCACGCCCACCAGAGCGGCGUCAAUUCAUUGGCCGUUCGGGCGGACAACCUCGGGCAUCCUGAGGACGGUUGCCGGGUAACCGUUGCUAGCGGAGGGGAUGAUGGACAACUGACCGUUUCCAUGAUUCGAGUGCAGUACCCAAACGACUCUCCGAUUUCUGAGCCCCUGGUUUCUCCACAAGCCCAGUUCCAAUCCGCAGAGCAGCUUCAUCUCCACCUGGACUCCCAGUGCCGCAUCCCUCUGGCUCACGCUUCCCCUCUGACCGCCCUGAAGCUCCUCAGCCCAGACCUUGUGGUCUCCACCUCUUCGGAUCAGAGGGUUUGCCUGUGGAGGGUCGGCAGUACCGACAUCAGCCACAUCGGGGCGCUGUGCUGCCACGUUGCGGACGCUGCAGGACUCGCAGUGUGGGAGGGCAAGUUGACCGAGGAGGAGAAGGAUAAACAUAAGAAGAUGGGGUUUGAGUCCGAGCGGGAGAUUGCAAUUUGUCGGGGGAGUCCGACAGGGCUAAACGUGACGCAUCAGACGGCGGCACCGUUUCUCAAGGACCAGAAAACAAACGACGAGGUCGAAGCCGUGAGCGAGACAGGUGACCCAGAUUGUCAAACCAGUAAUGAGGGGGGAGGCGAGACUCCUGCUGAAUGGAGACAUCAAAGCGGGGCUGACAGCUCGGCUGAGACAGAGAGUGAGGUAAACACUGAGGGAGGUGUCACGGCGUCCCGGGAGAGCCAGGGAGAGGGAGGGAAGACGGGAUGGGUGCUCGUCUGCGGCCAGGGCUUCCAGCUGCUACGUGUCCCGGAUGCAGAGAGGCGGAGCCCAAGGAGAGAGAAGUAGGAGGAUGAUCAGAGUUUGGCCUCGAGAGAAAAGUCAACAUAAGUGAAUCAUGGGAUAGCUGUCAUCCAAGCAAUGAUAUUUUUAAUGUACAUCAUUUUCUACAUCAUGAUUUUAUAAACUGUAAAUCUGUCUUAAUCAAAUAAUAUUUUAAAUAAAGUUGAUUCAUUGUCAAGCUU